AGGCUAUCAGAGAGACACUUAACAGCAGCGUACAGCGGCAGUCUACCGAGGAGAUGCUAAGAGUAGUCUAGAGGCAAGGCAGCCUUUGAAGCCGGCUGAGAUUCAUGACAUGUGUCCUUGGCAGCAGCGCCCGAGGCGGUCCACAGGGAACAUUGGGGGAGAAUGGAAAUCCCGGGCGGAGGAUGCGAAGAUUCAUCCAAACGUCGAACCCGAUAUGCCUGUCUGUCAUUCCAAAAAGCAUGCCCAGAUGCACUAUCCAUGUGGAAGAGCAAGAUCCACGUCAGCAGCCGGCCGGUCAGGUUGCUCCUUCCCUGAGCUGCUAACCCCACCGUCCCUCUCAUCCGCGUUGACCAUCAUACUGUGCUGUUCAUCUGCAGUCUAUCAUUGUCAGAUCCCCUGGUCUGCGAGCUAUUCCGUCGGAAACUCCCAAUCAGCAAAUUAACUACCUUGCCCCCACAUUUCUCCAACGUGCCCAAGGAAUUGCAUCCUCGAAUCGAAUCGCACGGUCGAGAGUUACGUCGCAAAGAAACUCGGCGCAGAGAUCAUGCUUCGGGAGACAACACUGCGGCUUGGAUAUCAGAUUCCCCGCGCAGCAUGGUAUCUCAAAGCACCC